AUGAUUGAUUGUCUAGGUCUUGAAGUAACUGGCUCUAAAGAAGAAUCACUUGCUGCCAUUAACGAUUGCAUUAAAAGAGAUUUGAAUUAUGGAGAUACUAGCUACACCACCUUCCAAACCUUAAUUGACAAUGAUCCUGAAUGUCCAACGCUCAAGAUCCUUUAUAUCUACCUCAUGAUUUUACAAGAAGCUGACAAUAAAGAAAUUGCAAAUACCCUUUUACCUCAAAUUCAAAACUGCAAUAGUAGAGAAAGACUAUGAAUAAGAAGUCUUCUUACACUAUUAAAUGAAGGAGUCUGUGCGGCUAUUCCAAUCCUGUCUCAAAUUGUGGACGAAAACCCUAAAGACUUUUUUGCUGCCAAAUUUGGCAUUUUUAUGUGCCUCUGCACUGGGAGAAAGCCUGAAAUGCUAAAUAUCGUUAGCUAUCUCCAAAGAGAAAGUGAUCAUUGGCAGUCUGCAGAGUGCUGCAGCUUUAUUUGUUUUGGGUAUUUAGAAAACAAUCUUUUGAUUGAGUCUGAAAAUUAUGGCAGAAGAGCUUUGGAAUUAAAUCCUCACAAUGCCUGGGCGCAGCAUAAUAUUGGCCAUAUCUACGCUGCUAAAAAUGAGUUUGAAAAUGGAAUCCGAGUCUUGGAAGGACACUCAGAGGAUUGGAAAGGAAACUUUAUUUAUACCCACAAUUGGUGGCAUUUGGCUAUAUUUAAUGUGUUUUUAAGAAAUUUUGGAGCAGCUGAAGAAAUUUUCAGGACCCAUGUGUUGGGAAGAAAUUGGUGGGCUUCUGUAAAUGUCAUUAACAGCUUAGCAAUGCUGCUUUAUUUAGAUUUCUUUGGUAGAGACGUAGUUGGAUAUUUAACCCCUGAAUUUUUAGAAAUUCUGAGAAGCAAGAAAAUCCUUGGAGCAAAAAGAGGCUUAGUUUGUGCAAUGGUAAUCUGGGCUCUUUAUAAAGCCGGCCUUCAUAGUGAAGCUAUUGAAAUAAAGGACAGCCAACAAGGAGUCAUUAAAAAAGCAGCAGAAGUGCUGCUGAAUCUAGCAAGCGGAAAUAAAGCUGAAGCAAGAAGGAUUGCGACUGAGGAAAUCCCAAACAUUCAACUACUUGGAGGCAGCAUUGAGCAAAACCAAGCCUUGACAGACUGUCUUUCUAUGACCCGUACUGAAAUCUUUUAUAGUGAGGGAUAG